AUGUCCUCCGAACCGACCCUCUUCACGCCAAUCAACCUCGGCGACCUCUCCCUCGCCCACCGCGUCGUCUUCGCCCCUCUCACCCGCUUCCGCGCCGACCCCGAGACUCGCACCGCAACGGACCUGUUCGUCGAGUACUACUCCCAGCGCGCGCACACGCCCGGGACGUACAUGAUCUCCGAGUCUCUACUCGUCACGCCCCAGCUGGCUGGGUACCCCGUGAUGCCGGGCUUCUGGACGGACGCACAGAUUCAGAGUUGGAAGAAGGUAGUCGACGCCGUCCACGCCAAAGGCUGCAAAAUCGCCAUCCAGAUCGCCGGCCUCGCGGGCGUAGCGUCCGCCGACUUCCUCAAAGCCCAAGGGCUAGAACACAUCGGCGUGUCCAGCUCGUCCCCUUUGACGCCCGACGCGCCUCCGCGUGCGAUGACCGUAGCUGAGAUUAAGGAGUUCGUGCAGCACUAUGCGCGCGCGGCUAAAGAUGGUAUCGAGAAAGCUGGUUUCGACGCGGUCGAGAUCCAUGCGUGCAACGGCGAUCCGUGCGAGGAGUUCCUCUCUACGAACUGGAACAAGCGUACGGACGAGUACGGCGGCUCGCCCGAGAACCGCGCGCGUUUCCUACUCGAGGUCGUCGACGCAGUCGCUCAAGCCGUCGGCAUCGGCAAAGUGGGCGUACGCAUCGGACCGUGGUCUCCAUUCAUGAACAUGCGCAUGCCAGAACCCGACAUCCUCUCCACCUACACCCACGUCGUCACCGCCCUCCACUCACGGAACAUCGCCUACCUGCACGUCAUCCAGCCGCGCAUCUCCGGCGGCGACGAAGUCGAGAUCGGCGCGCACGACAGCGACGACUUUGUCCGCGCGCUCUGGACCGGGUUGCCGUAUAUCACUGCGGGCGGAUUCACGAGGUCGACGGCGGUCGCGCGGGCUGAGACGUAUGAGAAUGAGCUUAUUUGUUUUGGGAGGUUGUUUAUAUCGAAUCCGGAUUUGGUUGAGAAGCUUAAGGAGGGGGCUCAGCUCACUCCGUACGAUCGGGACACGUUCUAUGCGGGAGGAGAGAAGGGUUACACGGAUUAUCCCUUUGGUCAGGCAUGA